GGGCCAACUCUGGCUUUCCAAAACAUCAGUUACUUUGUCUCCAUCAGCAAGUCCUUUUUCUCGAAAGAAGCAGAAGAAAAGGAAAUUCUCAGGGAUGUCAGUGGCAUUAUGAAGCCUGGAAUGAAUGCCAUUUUAGGACCAACCGGAAGUGGCAAAACCUCACUCCUUGAUGUACUUGCGGGGUGGAAGGACCCGAAGGGGCUUAGAAGUGGACAAAUCUUCAUGGAUGGGAAGUCAGCAAACUCACAGUUUCACCUAUGCUCUGCCUACAUAGUACAGGAGGAUAUUCUGAUGGGAACACUCACUGUCCGUGAGAACCUUCAGUUCUCUGCCAGCUUGCGCCUCCCACAGAGCCGGAACAGUGAAGCAGAAAAGCAGCUGAAGGUCAAUGCAGUGAUACAGGAGCUGGGGCUACAGGAGUGUGCUGACACCAAGAUUGGCACUGAGUUCUUGCGUGGUGUCUCAGGGGGUGAGAAGAAGCGGUGCAGCAUUGGCGUGGAACUAAUCACUGCACCUUCACUGAUAUUCCUGGAUGAGCCAACUACGGGACUGGAUGCCAACACAGCUAAUUCCAUCAUGCAGCUGCUGCACCAACUCUCCAGGAAAGGAAGAACUGUGAUUUUCUCUAUUCACCAGCCACGUUAUUCCAUCUUCCGUCUGAUUGAUCAUCUAACGCUGAUGAAUAAGGGAGAAAUAAUGUAUGCAGGACCAGCCGAAGAGUCCACUGGCUAUUUCAACAGUAUAGGUUACCAGUGUGAAGCAUUUAACAAUCCUUUGGACUUCUUCCUGGAUGUCAUUGGUGGAGAGAUCAUGCAGUCCCAGCCUAGUCCAGAGUUAGCCUCAGUGAGAGAUUCCGAUUCUCAUAGAAGCUCUUGUAGUGACAAGAAUCCACUGCCCAUGUACUACCACAAGUCCCGCUACUAUGAGCAGCUGCAGGAAGAGUUGGAAAACCUACAGUCAUUCGAGAGCCACCUCAGCGAUGCAGUUCCAACAAAAGCCACCUAUGCCACCUCAUUCUUCCACCAGCUGUAUGUUGUGAGCAAUCGCAAUGUGAAGAACAUCCUGAGGAAUCCUCAGACAUCCAUUGGUCAGCUCCUUUUGGGCACUUUCUUCUCUGUGUUGGUGGGGCUCAUUUUCUACCAAGUACCUGCCACUCUACCUGAAGCCUUUCAGAACAGGUUGGGAGCUUUCUUCUUCCUGGUCAUCAAUCAGGUCUUUGGGAAUCUGUCUGCAGUGGAGCUCUUCAUCAAUGAGAGAAAACUCUUCAUUCAUGAGAGCUCCAGGGGAUACUACAGGACCUCAGCAUAUUUUCUGGCCAAGGUGUUUGCUGAUCUGAUUCCCAAUCGUAUCAUCCCCUUGUUGAUGUUCUCUGGCAUAUCGUACUUCAUGAUGGGUCUGAAACAGGAUGCAGGAUCUUUCUUCCUGUAUGUUCUUUCCCUCAGUCUGACAAAUCUGGCAGCCGUGAGCAUGGCCUUCCUGGUGAGCGCCAGCGUCAGCACCUUCGCCAUCGCUAAUGUCUUAAUCGCACUGCCCUUCGUCUUCAUGAUGGUCUUUGGUGGGUUCCUUGUAAACCUGAACUCCAUGCUGAGUUGGCUGUCCUGGAUCAAAUGGAUCAGCAUCUUCCAUUAUGGAAUGAAUGCCCUGACCAUCAAUGAGCUCCAAGGAGCAGUUUUCCAUUUGAACUCUUCCACGGUCCCUGGAGAGGAAUACUUGCAACAGCAAGGCAUCAACUACAGCACCUGGGGCUUGUGGGAGAAUGAGUUUGCUCUCCUGUGCUUGUCACUUGCAUUCCUGUUCUUUGCCUACAUCCAGCUGUUAAGAGUGACUCGCUGGAAGUAA